AUGACUGCUGAAGACAUGAGAUCGAAAGGAUAUGGGACAAGAACUGUUAGAUUAGAGAAGGAGUGGGCAACCGACACAGUCAGCCGAGACUUCAUCAAUGCAAGACACUUGGAGUACCACGCUUGCGACUCUGAAGAUGCCAUAAGAUCAACAACCGAGGUAACUGUCGUAAGAUCUUCGAAGACUAAGAAGGAGAUCAUGUAUGCUGAAGGUAAAGACACAACGCCUACGACAAAAAACGAGCUAUUUGACAUCUUCCUGAAGGCACUCGCGAACCACGGUGGCCAGUUUGACACGCUGUCCUCUCCUGUCGUGGCGGACUUGAUCUUAGAUGCGCAUUGCAACAAAUGCACAGAACAAGCUUUUGGACACGUUAGUACCGGCCGUCACAACUCCUCAGGAAUUUCCUUGGGCGCUUUCGGCAGCCACCUGACGUACUCCUGGCCGCGCUUUACGGAAGAGGUCAACAGCUGCUUGACGGAUGCUCGGAUGGCUGGAGCCAAGAUCUCGAAGGGCAAGUCCACUAUCUGGGAGUCUUGCGCUUUCGGUCAAUCAUCGUUCCUGUCAGCUGUCGGCCUUGCUUUUGGCGUCAAUGCUGACUUCCACGAGCAUGAAGACCAAUGCACAAUGGCACAAGAUUGGCGAAAGCAGUUCUUGCCGGGCGCGGCCAUGCCUGACGGGUCUGCCGAAGACGUAGACAUGACUGGCUGUGCAAUUUUGGAUCUCAAAGAUGCAUUAAACCUCCGGCUUUCUCGAUGUUUCCUCUUGCCGGCAGACAAACAUUUUACAGAUGAGCAAUGUGCUUCUAAGCCGAUAGCUGAGCUGAACUUCACCGACAACGAGCAAGGCGAGCUUGACGCACUCUUACACAUCACAUCUACUAUUGGUAUUGCACGCAUAUCUUUCAACGAGGUACUCGAAGCCACGCCUUCAAUCAACUCGCCUACCAAUGAGCGCGAAUACCUCCAGGUCGAGCUAGAGCGACGCUUCGAUCGAUCCCAGCCCCUACGCCUCGAUAUAUUCGGUUUCAACGGGAAAGAGCUGACCAUCAACGUUGUGUGGAAGACGUUGACGGUCAAGGCUUUCGUUCGCAUUCCCGGAAGCUCUGCUCGUCUUUUCAAACGCUCCGUCUACACCGACGCUGUCGAGAACAGCUCAGACAACGAUAUGUGCGAGUGGGCGCAACUCCUCAAAGAGCGCGGUCCAGACGGCGCCAUCUACCGCGCAACAUCAAUCGACCUUCGCGUCGGCUGCUGGUGGGACGGCGGCAUAAUCGAAUACGCAGACGGCCACAAGAGUCACUGUGGUCCAAUGCGCACAAACGGAUGCGAACACCACUUCGACGGUCACGCUUCACAGACCAUUACCUUGCCGCUCAACGUCAACACCAAGCGCACCGAGGUCAACAGGGGCCGCGGUAACUACUACAUGCAAGGCGUGCGUAUGCGUCUGACGGAUCGCACUGUGCGCGGAGAGCUCAACGCGAGGCGCGGCGGGGAUGCGAAUGUUAUUCGCUUGGAGCCUGCGUCGCAUGAGGUUAUUGUUGGGUUCUAUGGCAAGAGUGGAAGGCAUGGUGGGAUUAUGGAGUUUGGGAUUAUCACUGUGGCGAAGAGUGUUGGGCUUGAUGGACUUCCGAACGCUGUGUAUGACUUGCCAGAGCUGAGGAAUACGGUCGGUAUGGGCACUGAGCAGACCACCGGCGAUGAUGAGCAAAACAACAGCAAUGCUGAAGAGUACAGCGACUAUGACCACACCAUCGACGGCGAUGAGGAGGACGAGGAGUAUACCACCGUGCAGAGUGUCUGGCUGUACCAUCAUCUGCUGAUGUUAAGCCACAAGAUGGGCUUCAACUUCGCAGUCGGCAGGCUCACAGUGCUUGCUGGCAAUAGUGGAGACCACGUAAGCAGUGAUCUACGACCGAUCUAG